GCAUUUCAACUGCGGUUUAAAUAGCGAAGCACCCCGGAGCGAGGGAGCUGAGACCAGGUGUGAGGGGAGCUGUAUGAGGCUGAGUGCCGCAGACCAUGUUUGAUUUGAGGACCGAGACGGAACGCAGAGAAACGCGCGAGACGCUCGGUGGAUAAUUUGGAUGGCGAAAAGAUCCCGGAGCGAACAGAGACGUCAAUAAAUAAUAUCCAGACCAUGAACUAUGUGGGUCAGCUGGCAGGUCAGGUGUUCGUACAGGUGAAGGAGCUGUACAGAGGACUCAACCCCGCCACCCUGUCGGGAUGCAUAGACGUCAUCGUGGUCCGGCAGCCCGAUGGCUCCAUGCAGUGCUCCCCUUUCCACGUCCGUUUUGGCAAGAUGGGCGUGCUGCGGUCCCGUGAGAAAGUGGUGGACAUAGAGAUCAAUGGAGAACCAGUGAGUUUGCACAUGAAGCUGGGGGAGAAUGGAGAGGCCUUCUUUGUCAAAGAAACAGAGAACAAACUGGAGGUUGUUCCAGCUUACCUGGCAACAUCACCCAUCUUAUCAGUGGGGGAGGAGCUGAUGAAGGCCCAGCUCGGCCGGGGAAGUUCACGUCAUCACGACGCCAUAACCAGUGGAUCGCUUCCGGUCCAGAGCCUGGGACCCCAACAGAGUGAAGGAGGCAUGUCCAAGAAGAGGAGGAAGAGGAGGAGGAAGGCACGACAUGAUGGAGGAGGACUGGGAGCAGGAGGGAGGAGAGAGGAGAGCGGAGAGGAGUUCUCUGAGGAUGAAGACAUGUUCACCAUCGACCUGAGCUCCGACGACGAGAGAGAGGGGGAUGGCAGCAGGGCCGUGUUCGGUGAUCAGGGGUUGACAGUCAAUAACCACACACACCCAAACCCAAACUGGAUUCAUUCACAGAGUUCUGUGACUAAGGACACUCUCUCCAUCCCUCCACACUGUGGUCUGUCCAUAUCCUGUCCUCAGCAGAUCUCACAGUUCCCUUCUCUUAGCAGCCCAGAUGAUUCACGGUCGUCCACACCGAAGAGCGACUCCGAGUUAAAUAAUCCGACAAAGGACAACCCUGAGAUGCUGUGGACCUGGGGGGAGCUCCCACAGGCUGCACAGCCAUCUUUCCUAACUGCCCACCAGAAGCAGGACCUGGCCCCGGCCGUCUCCAUCCCGGUGUCCGACAGCACUCAUUUCAGAGCCAUCACUGACUCUGGACCCCCCUCCCUCACCCUCUUCAGCCCCCAGCCGGGACGGACCACGGCUGCUGCUGAGCACCAGGAGCCUGAAGAAAGGAGUGGAGCCAAGACCGCAGAGCAACACGGGAAACUGAUUGAAAGUGUCGGGCCGUCAUCUGCAGAAAUCGAGUCUCUAACCGCCUGCUCCAUGUCGCCGAGGACUCUCCCUGAUCAUCUGGAGGAGGGCAGAAACAGAGGAAGUCCCAUCAGAAGGACUGACUCGCCCUCCAAGAGGAAAGAAAAGAGAAGUCAACACCUGGGCGCUGAUGGCGUCUACCUGGAUGAUAUCACUGAGCUGGAGCCUGAAGUAGCUGCUCUGUAUUUCCCUAAAAGUGACGGAGGCAGCAGCUCAGUGAAGGCAGACUCAGAGAUGAUGAUGAUGGGCGUGCGGAGCGCCAAUCAGUCCCCGCAGUCGGUGGGCAGCAGCGGGAUGGACAGCGGCAUGGACAGCCUGCCGGACCAGAUCAGUGACCUGCCUCACGUGGCCAUCUCUCUGUGUGGAGGACUCACCGACAACCGGGAGAUCACAAGAGAGCAGUUUCUGGAGAAAUCUGUUUCAUACCAGCAGUUCUCUGAAAACCCUUCUAUCAUCGAUGACCCCAACCUGGUGGUCAAGAUAGGAAACAAGUACUACAACUGGAACACAGCAGCUCCUGUCAUGCUGGCCAUGCAGGUCUACCAGAAGCCGCUGCCACAGUGUUGGUGUUUGAGUUAUGUGUUUUCUGUUUUUGGCCUCUUCUCAUACUGCCUCCCCGGCCUGUUUGGCUCCAGCCCUUCACAGCCUGCCUCUGUGGAGAACAUCAUGAAGGAGAAGAUGCCAAAGAAAGGAGGACGCUGGUGGUUCUCAUGGAGGAGCAGGAACAGUGACUACAAGUCUGAGUCAGUAACAGAGGCAGGGGGUGAAGAAAGCUCGAUCCCGAUGGCCACAGAAACCAGAAUGAAGGACGAGUCCUCCUCUAGCGAUGAAGACCACAGAUCCUCCUCCCUUCAGGUGUCUGGAUCCUGUCAGUCGGAGCCUCUCAUGAGUUCUGGCAACGUCUGUUAUAAGAAGACUCUACGACUCACCUCUGAGCAGCUGGCCAGCCUGCAGCUCAAAGAGGGUCCUAACGACGUUGUGUUCAGUGUCACCACUCAGUAUCAGGGCACCUGCCGCUGCCACGGCACCAUCUACCUGUGGAGCUGGGAUGACAAGAUCAUCAUCUCUGAUAUCGAUGGAACCAUCACCAGGUCUGAUACUCUGGGUCACAUCCUGCCCACUCUGGGUAAAGACUGGACCCACCAGGGAAUUGCACGACUCUACCACAGAGUCAGCCUGAACGGCUAUAAAUUCAUGUACUGCUCGGCUCGAGCCAUCGGCAUGGCAGAUAUGACCCGAGGCUACCUGCACUGGGUCAAUGAGCGAGGAACCAUGCUGCCGAUGGGCCCGGUGCUCCUCAGCCCCAGCAGUCUUUUUUCGGCCUUGCACAGGGAGGUGAUUGAGAAGAAACCAGAGAAGUUUAAAAUCGAGUGUCUAACAGACAUCAAGAAUCUCUUCUACCCUAAUACUGAGCCAUUCUACGCUGCAUUCGGCAACAGAGCUACGGAUGUGUACUCCUAUAAGGAGGUGGGCAUUCCGCUCAACAGGAUUUUCACUGUCAAUCCCAAAGGGGAGCUGACGCAGGAGCACGCCAAGACCAAUGUCUCCUCUUUUGGGCACCUGUGUGAGAUGGUGGACCAUGUUUUUCCCGUCCUGGGUCAAGACGAGGAAGCAGACGUCGCUCACUCUGACUCCUUCAACCGAUGUAACUACUGGAGAGACCAACUUCCUGAAGACAGCGGUCAGGAGGAAGACGGCCCCAAGCCACUCCAAACGAACUGAGGAGGCGCCGGGUUUUUUCCACUGAUCACAGUCAGACUGUGAUCAGUGGGUUUGGAACCCAUCAUGAAGCAUCUUGCUUUAUGUGAGCAUGGUAAAACGAAUGUAGCUCUUCAGCUCAGAGACAGUACCACUGAUUUACCCAAGACGAAUGUGUCUCCUGGAUCACUCACAGAUUCAUCUCUGUGGCAUUUUUUUGGAGCAAAAGCAUUGAUUCGAAUUAACAUUGAAACAAAAACUUUGGGGUGAAAAUAAAAAACUUAGGGUUUAUUGCAAGUAAAGAAAAGGCAUCUUGGAAAUAAAGGGCAGGUUUUGGAAUAAAUCAAAGUGAUGGUUUCCUCUGAGCGAGGGAUCAAUACAGGGUAAAAGACUCACAUCACACAGCUGCAGGUGCCUCACAUGAGUCAAGCACAUAACUCAGACAUAUGAAGGCAUUCCUUAGAACAAAAGAGAAGCCGUCCUUUAGCUCGGAAAGUGAUCGGUUUUCUGUUAUUGGGUGAAAUCAUAAUGAGUGAAACAUUAUCUCACAUAAAAUCUAGCUUUUCCAGGCACAAAUGGGUCUGUUUGGGCAGCAUUUUUGCUUCACAUAUUGUUAUAUAACUUGUACUGGCAGAUUUAAAAAAGAAAAAACAACAACAUAUGCAGUAUAUUUGUGUAAAUAGAAACUCAGAAUCUUUGUUUCAUCCGGUCUAGAUAUGUGACUAUUUAUCUUUACUGACCUCAGUGGAAGCUCCGCACCAGCUCUUCUUCCGCCACGACCCUCGAUCGCCACAUCCUCAGCAUCACAUUUCACGUUCACAUUACAUUUUGGUAAACGCCAUCCAGAGCGUGCAAAAAUAUAGAAAGAACAUUUCACAGACUGUGUGUCCACUCCUCGUCUGUGCCAGACUCCUUUUGCAGGUUCAGCCAUAUUGUGUGUGGUCCUCUGACCGUCCUACUGUGAAACAUGCGACUUUGGCCCAUUUUUGUAGUUUUGAGUGACGAUAUUCAAGACGAACGCAGGACAAUGCAAUUAACUUCAGUGUGUGUUAUUUUUUUAUGUGUGCAAACAGAAGAACUCCAGUGAUAUGCUAGAAUGUAAUAUGUAAAUCAUUCAUAUGAAAAAUGCUCUUCAAUGCAAUUACUUUAUAAGAUCACCUGUGACUAAGAUGGUAUAUUUUCAGUUUUUUUUAUUGUUACUGCACAGAACAGUAUAUUUCAGUGCACAGCAUUAAUCUGUCAUGUAGUGGAAAUUUAACUUCACAUUCAAUGCUUUUCCGAAAACAUAAUUUUUCUCAUAGUUUUGUAUAUGUAAUUUUUGUUUUUAUGCACUGAUCAGAUAACAUCUACUGUCGUAAACCAGAUGUGAGUUUUUCUGUUUCUUUGCUGAGGUAAACCACCAUAACGGCAGAACCAAUUCCACAACCUCAUGGAAGUGAGAUUCUUUUUUUAAAUACACUGUCUGCAAUACUUUCUUAUUGGUGCUUUUUCACAUGUCAUAAAAAACACUGUUUUAUGGUUAACCGUUAAUCUCUUUCCUUUCAUCAUGUUACAACUAAAGCAAUAGAUCAGCAUGCAGUAUUUUAGAAAAAAAAACCACUAAAUGCUACUGUUUGAUUAUUUCAGGUUUGCUGUUUUGUCUGCAGAAUUUUUAUCCCCUGUUUCUUCCAUCACGUGCUUCGAAACGUGUAAAUGUCCAUUUUUAUUUAAGGAUACGAGAAGAGAAUCUCACUGAUAUCAGUGUGAUGAAAAAAAAGUCAGGUUGCCAAGACUGGGUUUGUCAUGUAGACUGUUCAUGUAUAGAGUAGAAACCGUAUAUCUGAUGCUGUACUGUGACUGGCUGCCAAAAGAAAACCUAAUCAGGAAUUAACAUUUUACUAAAUCCAAACCUUUCAAUGUUCACGUGCUUUUUGGUGUGAUUUGUUUAAGUGGAAAAGACGCAAUUGAAGCAUGUUAUUAUAAUAUUAAGACGCAUAUGAUCAUUGUCCUGUCACCUGACCUUGUUAUGACGUCUGCUGCUUUAAAAAAAGAAGAGAAACUCUGAGCUAACACCAAUUUGCUACAUACGUAUGUACCAUGAUUAUUGUUUUACUUGCAAAAUCAUCUUUAGGUGAUCACGACCUCAUUCUUUCUGUGAAAGAUUUAUUAAAACUCUUGACUAGU